AUGACGGACGCCACAGCAGCAGCGGCUACCAACGGAGGAGGAGGGGAUGAGAGAGCGUCUCUCACUGCACGCCAGAUCCCAGAAAUGACGCUCUCGACGGCGUCGAACCCAUUGACGGCACCGAGGACGCCUCCUGAAGGACUGACGAAUGCGCAGAGAGCGGAGCAUCGAUUCAAAGUUCAGGGGAAUGUUGUUAGUAUGUGCAUUUCUAUUGCUGACUUUCAUGUCGAGGUAUUUUUCGACCAGUCUUUGGCGGAGAUUGGAGGGUUUUCCGACUAUGAAAGAAGCAGUUUCACAGGCGGAGCAGGAACACUCGCCCUAGAAGCCGCUCGCGCACUCCUAGAACACGGCGCAACGGGCCUCGCCCUCUGGGACCUCAACCCAGACCAAUCCCUCACAGCAAUAACCGCGCUCCACAAAUCCUUCCCACACGCACGCAUAAUCACCUCCCCCGUCGACGUGCGCUCCGAGUCGUCCAUCGCCUCAGCCCUCUCCAGCACAAUCCAAGUUCUGGGCCCCAUCAGCACGCUCUGCUGCUUCGCAGGCGUCGUAGGCUGCACGCACGCCAUGGACAUGCCCGCAGACGAAUGGCGCCGCACCCACGACAUCAACCUCACGGGCUCGUUCCUCUGCGCGCAAGCCCUCGCCCGCCACUUCCGCGACCAGCGCACCCCCGGCGCCAUCGUCUUCACUGCCUCCAUCUCCGCGCAUGCCACCAAUUUCCCGCAACCCCAGGCUGCGUAUAAUUCCAGCAAAGCGGCGCUGCUGAGCUUGACCAAGAGUCUUGCCGCUGAGUGGAGCGCGUGCGGGAUUAGAGUCAAUGCGAUUAGUCCGGGUUACAUGGAUACGAUUCUCAAUGAGGGCGAGGGGUUGGAGCGCGCGAGGAAGAUCUGGAGUGAGCGGAAUCCGAUGGGGAGGAUGGGUGUGCCGUGGGAGUUGACGGGGCCGUUGGUGCUGCUGUGCAGUGAGGCGGGCAAAUAUAUGAAUGGCACGGAUUUGGUUGUUGAUGGUGGGGCUAUGGUGUUUUAG